AUGAGUGGUGUAGGAGGUGAAUCAGUACAUUUGAGAAGAUCAUCAACAACUGCGACAACCACAGGAUCUAGUAAAAGUAGUUUAAAUAUAAGUAAGUCAGUUUCACCUACUGGUAAUAAAGCAGUUUCACCCAUGAGUUCACCAAACUCAUUGCAAAGUGGUGCAACUCCUACAAUAGCACAAUUACAAAGUUUAUUAAAACAACAACAACAACCAAAUCAUUCAAUAACAACAAAUAAUAAUAAUAAUAAAUCAGUAUCGGUUGAAAUUGAUGAUUUAAAAUCUCAACUACAACAUUCAAAUAUAAACGAUACCUUUAAUGAAGAUGAAGAAAUUGAAGAAGUAACAGACGAGGUUAUCAUUAAUCAUGAUUAUCAUUCAUCUGAAGAUGAAUAUGAAGAUGAUGAAGAUGAAGAUGAAAAUAAUAAUAGUGUAAAUAAUAAUAGUAAUAAUAAUAGUAAUAAUAAUAAUAAUAACAAUACAAGUAUAAGUAGUGCACAUAGUUGUGAAAGUAUAGCAGAGGAAGAGGAACUUACAGCAUCACCAAUUUUAUCAAGACAAUAUAGUUAUACAAUUGGUCAUGGUACAAAACCUGAUGUUGUUUUAUCAAUUGGCGGUGGAUUCCAUUCAUCACCAAGAUCAAAUAGAUCAGAGAGUACCAUAGUUCAUGAAGAUGAUCUCACAAAUCAAAAUGAUAAAGUUAUAAAUGCAAAAGAUAAAAUCUCUUCAGAUUAUAAAAGAAUGAUGGAAGAUCCUGAAGCAUUUAGAAAUGAAAAAUUAAAACAACGUAAAUCAAAAUUCUUUACAAAAAAAGAUUUAGAAGAAAUACCAUUUAAUCCAUCAUCAGGUACUCAAUUAAGAUCAACAUUAUUUCAACAAUUUAUGAAUGAAAAGAUACAAAUGAUAUCAGAGAAUCCAGAGAAAUAUAAAAGCGAAUUAAUGAAAUUUUAUAAACAAAAUUUGAAACCACAAGUACCUAAAUCACCACAAUCAAGUGGAUCAUUAUCAACACAUUCCGAUAAAUUAAAGACAUCAUCGUCAUUACAAAGAAGUAGAUCAGUUAGUCAACCACCAGUUGUGACUGGUAAUAGCAAGAAUGCAAUUGGUUCAUUGGAUACUAUUUUAGAAAAGGAGAGAAAGAGGGAUGGAAAUCAAGAUAGACAAUUACCAAUACUAUUCACAAAGUGUGUUGAUUUCCUCUCAAAUGAUGAAGCUUUAAAAACUGAAGGUCUUUUUAGAGUUGCAGGUAAUUCAAGUGAAGUUGAAGAUUUAAUGAAAUCAAUAUUACUCUAUGGUUCCGAUAUUCCAAGUAAUUGUUGUUAUCAUGUAGUUUCAAAUAUGUUAAAAAAGUUUUUACGUCAAUUAUCAACUCCAGUUUUCACUUUUAAAUAUCAUAAUGAUUUCAUCCAAACAAUGAAAUUAAAUAAUGAUGAAGAAAGAAUUAAAGCAAUUAAAGAGAUUUUAAAAUUAAUACCACCAGUUAAUCAAUUAUUAAUUAAAGAGUUGAUGAAAUUUUUAGUAAAAGUAACUAGUUUUUCAAAUGUUAAUAUGAUGCAUGCUCAUAAUUUAGGUUUAAUGUUUGGUCCAAAUAUGUUAAAGGCGCCAUCAGAUUCUGAAAUGAAUGCAAUUUCAAUGUUGGAUGCUGGUAAUCAAGUAAUCACUUUAUUAAUUGAAAAUUAUAAUUUAUUUUAUGAUAAUUAA